ACAAUCUCCGCGGCUGUGUGCGUCUCUGCGAGUCUCAGCAGGCGUAGCCAAGGGUGGGAGCCCGGGUGGAGGCAGACGCUUUGGUUCUCGGUUUUCUAAAAAGACUCCUGGACAGUCAAGAUGCUGAAGCAGAUCCUAGCGGACAUGUACAUCGAUCCAGACCUGCUGGCGGAACUGAGCGAGGAGCAGAAACAGAUCUUGUUCUUCAAGAUGCGGGAGGAACAGAUCCGGCGCUGGAAAGAGAGGGAAGCGGCACUAGAGAGGAAGGAGGCCUCGCCCGGGACCCCCAGACCCAAGAAAGAGAACGGCAAAUCCGUGCACUGGAGGCUGGGAGCUGACCAGGAGGUGUGGGUGUGGGUUAUGGGUGAGCACCCUCUGGACAAGCCCUACGAUGUGCUGUGUAAUGAGAUCGUGGCGGAGAGGGCCCGGAAGCAAGCAGAGCAGGAUGCCCAACAGCUCAGAAAAGAGCCCUUGGAAGCAUCUCCCCCAAACACAGGAGGAAUGAAGUCACAGCGCUGUGAUAGGCCAGACUCAGGUAACAGGGAGGCGUCAACUGUCCCCGGGAACGCAGUCCGGCAGGAAUCACGCUCUACACCCUUGGCCACAGAGGACAAGAAAACCCAGUCAUCCUCCAGUUCUACAAGGACUAUUCAGCAAAUGCUGGCAGAUUCUAUCAGUCGUAUGAAGGCAUGUGGAUUUCAACAGAAGAAAGAACCCGUGAAGAAACAGGAAGAAGAGGAGGUCAAAGAAGUAGAUGAAGAGAGAACCAAGCAGAUUUAUAAGAACUGGAAGGAAGACUCAGAGUGGCAAGCGUCGUUGCGGAAAUCCAAGUUGGCCGAUGAGAAGAGGCGCUCUCUGGCCAGACAAGCGCGGGAGGACUACAAGAGGCUCUCUCAGAGAAGCCGGAGUGGGCAGGCGCCACAGAGCCCCGCGAGUGUCCCCCAGAAACCCAAGAGGCCUCCUCUGCCCCCCAAGCCUCAGUUCCUAAGCCCAGCAAAACCACUCAGGACUCCAGGAGUGACGAGGAUGGCAUCCAGCUUUGCCCAGGAGGACAUCAUCCGCUGGUUUAAGGAGGAGCAGCUGCCCUUCCGAGCAGGCUACCUGAAAACCUCCGACACAGUCGCCCCCUGGUUCCAUGGGAUUCUCACUCUGCAGAAGGCCAAUGAGCUGCUGAGUACCACGGGUGUGCCUGGCACCUUCCUGGUCCGGGUCAGCGAGAAGAUCAAAGGCUACGCCCUCUCCUACUUGGCGGAGGACAGCAGCUGCAAGCAUUUCCUUAUUGACGCCUCGGCUGACUCCUACAGCUUCCUGGGCGUCGACCAGCUGCAGCAUGCCACGCUGGCUGACCUGGUGGAGUACCACAAGGAGGAGCCCAUAACCUCCCUGGGCAGAGAGCGCCUUCUGUACCCCUGUGGUCAGCAGGACCAGCCGCCGGACUACCAAGAGCUCUUUGAGUGAUAGCCUCGUCAGGCCCUCCCUCCUCCUCCUGCUGGAGCCGACAGCACUGGUUGUGCAUACGUGUGCAGAGCCAGGAUCCUCCUCCCAUUCCCACCCCUCCAGGGCCUGCAGCAGAGCCGGUACCUGCCAGUGGGGUU